GUACUCUUAAAAUGGUCUUUGUUAAACCAGAGCUCUCUGACAAGACUGGAGCUCUACUGAUUUGUACUUUGAACAAAAGAAAAGAAUAGCACAUUGACUCGAAAACUUGCAAAGACAUAAAUUACAUGGUCGGAAUUGAAUUUGUAAGGUCUCUAUUCUUGUUGGCUAUCAUCGCACAGCAAGGCGUUACAAAUCCUGCCAUUGGUUUCACUGCAACACUUUCACAUCAACACUCUUUGUCAGCCAGGCAGACAAUAGUGUAUGACAAGGUGGUAACCAAUUAUGGAAACGGCUACGACAAAUGGACUGGACAUUUCAAAGCUCCAAUAGAUGGACUUUACGUCUUUUCAUGCGCAGCAAUGGCCCAUGCAAGCCAUCACAUACAUAUUGAAAUAGUCAAAAAUGGCAAGAUGGUUUCCAGGGUGUUCUCAAGUGAUUCACCUUAUGACUUAGGAACACAGACCGUGGUUUUGGCUUUACGUCGAGGAUAUCAAGUCUGGGCGAGACAAGAACAAGACGGGAGACAUCUUCAAGGAAGUUACAACCAGUUUUCCGGGUAUCUUAUUUCUACUGAAAUAUACUAAUGUACAAGCAAUAAAAUGCAAAAAUAGACAUCAAA